GGGAGAGCAUGUUAUUUUCGAGUCCCUGUCCCUUGCAGCUUCGCUUCCUGGUUCGCAGUCGACUGAAGUGAGGACCCUCUCUGGGCAAUGCGAAGAUGCUGUCGCCGGAGCUCCUAGCUCGUUCAUCCCGUCCUUACAUAUCCACCUCGACCAGCGCCCCUUCCAUUUCCAUCUCCAAAAUUGGUUCAUCCUACUUCUCCGAUCCUAAUCCUUAUCCUAGCCCUAAUCUUAGCCCUAGCAGUGGCUUCCAAGCAUACAAUGACGAUGGUUCUUCGAGAUCUGCUAAAAAUUCUCGAAUCUCGCCCUCUGUUUUCGCCCACAACUGGAGGAUCGCCGCUGCUCUUGUGCCAUGUGCUGCCUUCCUCCUUGACCUGGGCGGCACCCCGGUGGUGGCUACCCUAAUUGUGGGCCUUAUGUUUUCCUACAUCCUUGAUUCCCUCCAUUUUAAGCCCGCUGCCUUCUUUGGUGUAUGGUUCUCCCUUCUCUUGGCCCAGAUAGCCUUUUUCUUCUGCUCUCCUCUCAUUCUGACAUUUAAUUCUGUAGCUCUUGCAGUCCUCACCGCCUUCCUUUGUGCCGAAACCAACUUCUUGAUCGGCGUUUGGGCCUCUCUUCAGUUUAGGUGGAUUCAGAUUGAGAACCCAUCUAUCGUCCUUGCUCUUGAGCGCCUCUUGUUUGCCUGCGUCCCCAUUUCCGCUUCAUCUCUUUUCACUUGGGCUACUAUCUCCGCCGUCGGCAUGAACAAUGCUUCGUACUAUCUCAUGUCCUUCAAUUGCUUCUUUUACUGGCUUUACUCCAUGCCUCGAGUGUCGUCCUUCAAGGCCAAGCACGAAGCUCGGUAUCAUGGAGGGGAGGUUCCUAAUGACAAUUAUAUUCUCGGUCCCCUCGAGAGCUGCUUCCAUACUCUGAAUUUGCUUUUCUUUCCUCUUGUAUUUCACAUUGCUUCCCAUUACUCGAUUGUAUUUUCUUCGGCUGCUGCUGUUUGUGACGUGCUCCUUCUAUUCUUUAUCCCGUUUCUGUUCCAACUUUACGCAUCCACGAGGGGCGCGCUUUGGUGGAUCACUAAGAGUGAGAACCAGCUUCAGAGCAUCCGGGUUGUUAAUGGUGCCGUUGCCAUGAUUUUCAUCGUUGUUUCUUUGGAGAUCAGGGUUAUUUUCCAUUCUUUUGGACGGUAUAUUCAGGUACCACCGCCUCUGAAUUAUCUUCUCGUGACUACAAGUAUGCUUGGAGGGGCGGCUGGCGCAGGUGCUUAUGCCAUGGGUAUGAUUUCUGACGCCUUCAGCUCGGUGGCUUUUACUACUUUGGCCGUUAUAGUCAGCGCUACUGGAGCACUUGUUAUAGGAUUUCCAGUGGUGUUCCUUCCUCUCCCAUCAGUUGCUGGCUUUUAUUUAGCUCGUUUCUUUGCAAAGAAGAGUCUGGCAUCAUACUUUGCUUUUGUUAUACUUGGGAGCUUGAUGGUUGCAUGGUUUGUGCUGCACAACUUUUGGGAUUUAAAUAUUUGGUUGGCGGGCAUGUCCCUGAAAUCAUUCUGUAAACUCAUAAUAGCAAAUGUUGCUCUGGCCAUGGCUGUUCCUGGUUUAGCUCUCCUACCUUCUAAGUAUCACUUUUUAACUGAUAUAAGCUUGAUAAGCCAUGCGUUGCUAAUAUGCCACAUUGAGAAUCGAUUUUUCAGUUACUCCAGCAUUUACUACUAUGGAUUUGAGGAUGAGGUGAUGUAUCCAAGCUAUAUGAUUAUCAUGACAACUUUUUUGGGUCUGGCUUUGGUAAGAAAGCUUUCUGUGGAUCAUCGCAUUGGAGCAAAAACUGUUUGGAUUUUAACUUGCCUUUAUUCUUCAAAACUGGCAAUGUUAUUUAUUGCAUCGAAGUCUGUUGUUUGGGUUUCCUCGAUUCUCUUGUUAGCAGUUUCCCCUCCGCUACUUCUUUACAGUGAUAGAUCUAGAAUGGCUUCAAGGAUGAAACCUUGGCAAGGAUAUGUGCAUGCAUCCGUGGUUGCAUCAUCUGUGUGGUUUUGUCGUGAGACAAUUUUUGAAGCCCUCCAGUGGUGGAACGGGAGAUCUCCCUCAGAUGGUUUACUUUUGGGCUUCUGUAUACUAUUGACAGGGCUAGCUUGUAUUCCUAUUGUUGCCCUUCAUUUCUCCCAUGUUUUGUCUGCCAAAAGAUGCCUAGUGCUGGUUGUGGCUACGGGUCUACUUUUCAUCUUGAUGCAGCCCCCAAUACCGCUGCUGUUGAGUUAUCACUCUGAUCUAAUCAAAGCUGCACGUCAGUCUGCUGAUGAUAUCUCAAUUUAUGGCUACAUGGUUCAGAAGGCUACAUGGCCUUCUUGGCUUCUUAUUAUCUCAAUUUUGCUCACUCUAGCAUCUGUCAUGUCUAUCAUACCCAUUAAGUACAUCGUUGAACUAAGAGCAUUUUACUCCAUAUCCAUAGGGGUUGCACUUGGUAUCUACAUUUCUGCUGAGUACUUUCUGCAGGCAGCUGUCCUGCAUGUCCUCAUUGUAGUCACUAUGGUUUGUGCCUCUGUUUUUGUCAUUUUCACUCAUUUUCCCUCUGCUUCAAGCACUAAGCUUCUGCCUUGGGUGUUUGCACUUCUUGUGGCUCUCUUUCCUGUUACUUAUCUUUUGGAGGGUCAAAUGAGAAUUAAAAAUGUCCUUCAAGAUAGAGAAGUAGUAGGUAUGGAUGAAGAGGAGAAUAAAUUUUCGACUUUGCUGGCUGUUGAGGGUGCCAGGACCUCCCUUCUUGGUUUGUAUGCAGCUAUCUUUAUGCUUAUAGCCUUGGAGAUAAAAUACGAACUUGCUACAAUUUUGCGGGAAAAGGUAGUUGACAGAGGUGGAUCUACUAGCUUCCCACCUAGAACGAGAUUCAUGCAACGAAGAGCCUCUACUGUUCCCUCCUUUACUGUCAAGAGGAUGGCUGCUGAUGGAGCGUGGAUGCCUGCUGUUGGCAACGUUGCCACUAUAAUGUGCUUUGCUAUAUGCCUAAUAUUGAAUAUUAACAUCACUGGAGGCUCGAAUCGGGCUAUAUUUUUCUUGGCUCCUAUUUUGCUGCUGCUCAACCAGGAUUCUGAUUUUGUUGCUGGUUUUGGGGACAAGCAAAGAUAUUUUCCCGUGACUCUUGUGAUCUCAGCUUAUUUGGUUUUGACUGCUCUCUACAGCAUAUCGGAAGACGUCUGGCAUGGUGAUGCUGGAUGGGGCCUUCAAAUUGGUGGGCCAGAUUGGGCCUUUGUGGUGAAGAAUUUGGCUCUCCUCGUUCUUACGUUUCCUAGUCAUAUACUUUUCAACAGGUGCGUUUGGAGUUAUGCUAAGCAUUCGGAUGCGACCCCAUUGCUUACGUUGCCUCUUAAUCUGCCUUCUAUUGUAAUGGGAGAUGUGCUCAAAAUUAGGAUAUUGGGUUUAUUAGGAAUUAUAUAUUCCCUGGCCCAAUAUUUAAUCUCUAGACAGCAAUAUAUUUCGGGUCUAAAGUACAUCUAAACAUUCACAUAUAUUUGUAGUGUUGUCAGAUCAAGGAAUCGUUGCUUUUUGAUCACCUGUGUACCUGGGAAUGGUUGCAUUAUCUUAAUUAGUACUCAGUUGUUAAACCAUGUUGAAAUAUGGAUGAGUUCCCGUGCCUUCUGAAUUGAUGGCUGUUCCAUU